AUGAACCAUGUCAGGAUAAAGAUUCCCGUGCAAUUGGUAGCCAUUAGGUUGUACCUUAAUGUUCCAGGUGUAGAUCUUGUCGUUCUUCUCGUUCAGUUUGAAAAGAAGAUAGAACCAACCUGGAGACUUGUGGUUGUAGCAGAAACAAUAGCAGGACCGAUUCUUGUUGGCCUUCGAAUAACGAAUAAGCCAUUCCUUUGUAUCGUUCAAAGGUUCGUUUUUGAAUUUAUCAUGGUUGGUGAUCUCUUGCACCUUCAAGUGCAAAUUGUUGAUGUGGGACACAAUCAACUCGUCAAGAUCAUGGUAACGGAAUUCCCCGACUUGAAGAGUUCUUCCAACUGUGUAUUCAUUCAAUUUGUCAAGUUCAAGAACAUCCAAGUGUUGGAACAAUUGAUUCUCGAUCUUCCAUGUGACAGUCAAGUGAUCAUUUCCCUUAGACGAUGGACGAAUCACGAAUUCUCCGUUGCUCUUGGAAGCUAG